CCCAAUUAUCAAGCCAUGGUUAUGAGGGGAUUCCUGCACUGUAUAUGUAGUGUAUGAGGUUAUACAGAUAGGGAGGCACAUACUGGACCAGAAGUCUGGCCAUCCAUGCAUGCCCUGAUAAUCUGACAACAACACUCGCCUGUGCAACUUUGAAAUGGGCGGGACGUCGUUCGCUGGUCGGGUCUUACCGUCGACCGGCCAGAAUCCAACAUCAUGCGCAACUCUCACACCUCGCCUUCUUCGCCGAACUUCUGUUUCCUUCCUUUGCCGGUCAAACGGGUGCCUUUCCCAUUCGCAUCAAGGCAGUCAAAAGCAAGUUCCAUCAAGCAUCUCGCGUCUCCGCGGCGACUCGCACGAAUCUCGCCUCACCUUUUCCCUCCUUCUCCCACCCCCAAGUCCGACGUUCGCACUCUGCCGUGGUGGCUCCCCAGCGCCGCUCCAGCCGCCGGUAGAGCGCUCACGGCGCCAGUUGGACAAUUCAAUUGCGCAUCAAUUGACAAAGUAGCCUGGACCCAUUGUAAACGGAGACAGGACCGUGAGGGAUUGAGGGACCAUGUAACUGCGCUAACGCAAGGCAAAAAAAAGAGUGAGAGAGUUCCACUCUCCCCCUUGAACGUGCUUUUGGCUGUUGGAGACUUUCAGAGGACUCGUCUCUUCAGAUGCGUGACAUUUUCAAAAUCCAAAUCGAGCUAAUCAGCUCGUGGCGAUAACCUUCAAGUGAGGUUGUCGAAUCAUGUGGCGGGGCUUAGAAAGAACUCCGCUUAUGUGCAUGUGCCAUAGCAUGCCGAAGCAUGCUUUUGAUGUUCAAUGCUUGAUGCAAAUGCACCUCUGCCAUGUUCAUCAUGUCUUGUCUUUGACUCUUUUCGACGUCGAACAGAGAGCCUUUUUUGUGUUUUUGUUUCUCCUGGAUGAAAGAGACAGAUCGUGACUCUUUUCUGUCGUGCGGCACGCGGCUUGUCAUGACAUUGGA